AUGAAUAUUAACGAGGGGGUGUGGCCGGCGCUGCCCUUCGCCCCUGGUGAGCGAUGGCCGCGCAGGCAGGGCGGAGCCGCGCGGGCGCCUGACAAGAUGGCGGCGGCGGCAGGCCGCGGGCUGCAGGCGCGGCGGGGCAGGAGGCGCCGGAGGCGGGAAAGGGCCGGGGCGGCAGCCUUAACAGCGGCGGAGGAGGAGGAGGAGGAGGAGGCGGCAGCGGAGGAGGGAGAGGCUGAGGCGGCGCUGGCCGUGAGCCAGUGCGCGGUGUGCCGGCAGGCUGUGGCCGAGGCGGUGACGCCGCCCUGCCGCCACUCGCUGUGCCUCGCCUGCUUCCAGCGCUGCCUGCAGGGCCCCGGCCUCCGCUGCCCGCUCUGCCGCAGCCGCUUCGCCGCACGGCCCCGAAGACACCGGCCCCGCAGCCGCAACCGACACGACCCCCCCGUGGCAGCAAGGGAGCAGCGGCCCCCGGAGCAAGAUUUCAUCUUCAGAGCCCCCAUUAAAGUCAGAAGACCUGGGGAGCUUCGAGAGGAAUAUGAAAGCCACCUGAGGAAGCUGAGAGAGGAAAAAGUCCAAGAAGAAAAAUCUUCUGAGGACCUCCUUCACAAGUUGGUUCUGGAGGACCUGGAGCUGGGCAAAAGGAAAAUGGAUGAGCAGCAGAAGAAAGAGGAAGCUUUGGUGCUGAAGGUCAGCCAGGAGGCUCUCCCUGAGUGCCUCUCAGACUCAGAGAAUGAAGAACCCUUCCAGGGGAGGCAGAGCCACCGCUCAGCUUUCGUCUCCAAGAGCAGUGCCUACUCCUUGGCCUUCCUCUCAGGGAACCUGAGCUCCAAGGUGGAAAGGAGUCGGAGCUGCAACGACACCGUGCAGGAGAGGUCGAAGAGCGGGCAGAGAUCAGCCCCAGCCAACAAAACCAAGGUGCCAGCAGUCAGCAGCACCUCCACCCCGCUGCUGGGGGUGCUCUCCUCCACCCAGAACCAUCGCUGCCUGUCGGCCCCGGACCUGACGGCGGAGAAGCGUCAGGCGCUCAACCCUGUGUCCUCCUUCUCCGCCCUCCAGAGGGGGCCCGAGAGGUCCAUCAGCCCCGAGAGCAACGACAGCAUCUCCGAGGAGCUCAACCACUUCAAGCCCAUCGUCUGCUCCCCGUGCACCCCCCCCAAGAGGCUGCCAGAUGGGAGGGUCCUGAGCCCCCUCAUCAUCAAGUCCACCCCCAGGAACCUCAGCCGCAGCCUCCAGAAGCCGACCACCUACGAGGCCAGCCCCAGGAUCCUGAAGAAGUGGGAGCAGAUCUUCCAGGAGCGCCAGAUCAAGAGGACUCUCUCCAAAGCCACCCUCACUUCCUUGCUUGCAGAGCCUGGGGAAGAGCUGGCUGAGGUCACCCACUCCAGCAGUGGCCCUAAAGAGCAGCCCCAAGCUGAAGGGGAGCACCACUACCACCUGCUUCCAGCUGAGGCAGCAGGAGACCCUCGCCCCGAGCUGGAUUCCUCUCCUCCUCCCAAGCUGGGAAGAGGGAGCGAGAAGAAGAAAGCUCCUCAAGCUUUACCAGCAGCUGACCUCUCUGAGGAACCAGGCCUGAGGUCCAGUGCCACCACCCAAAACCCCCCCGAAGUCCCUGAUCUCCAAGCCACCACCUUGGUGGCCAAAUCCUCCCUGGGCCUCGGCCCGAAAGCGCUGAGCAGAAGGCCGCUGGGGGUCACCUCCUCGCUACCCGGCAGCAGCCUCCCUCUGAAGGCAGCAGGCAAGAAGCAGCUGAAGUUCCUCAACAGCAGUGAGAUGCUCAACCUGCAGACCACCACCACCACCACCUGCAGCUCCGUGGAGAACAUCCUGGGGGACCAAGCUCCGGCCCUGCGCCGUGGCCGCAAGCGCCGCUGCAAGACCAAGCACCUGGAGCACGCCGCCAACGGCUCCCUCAAGAGGCUGAGGCACCUGGGGGAGGUGACCUCCUUGGCUCCAGAAGGCCUGGAGGUGGAGCAGAAGGUCCAGCAGGAGGAGGAGGACAGGAGGUUGGCCCUGCAGCUGCAGAGGCUUUUUGACAGCGAGAACAGGACGCUGGAGAGGAGGAGAGGCAGGGGUGGGGAGCGCUACCUGCUGAGGUCCAAGAGCAGGCUGGGGGCCAAGUAGCACUUGGGGUGGGGGGAAACCAUGUGGCCUUUGCUGGAGGACAGGGAGGUUGUCUUCUGGAGGACAGGGAGGUUGCCUCUCUAGAGGGCAAUGUAGUUGCUCUCUGGAGGUCAAGGAGGUUGCCUCUCUAGAGGGCAAUGAAGUUGCCUUCUGGAGAGCAAGGAGG